AUGCCUCUCAGUCCUACAGAAACCGAACGUGCAGAACGCCUUCUAGUACGUACUAUCGCAAAACGUGAUGCACUCGUUGUACAAAUGAGUUUGUUGCAUGAUCUUUCUAAAAAUGUCGUUCAUAACGCGGCUACCGUUCUUCCGUUAUUCCGCGCUCGAAAACGCGACAUUGAUUCUCUUCUCACACAAUUCAAAGCUGAACAGGACUCAAUUUUAGAUAUGUUAGUUCAGUUGCAACGCGUAAGUGAAUACCACACUACGCAUGCACCGAUCGACAUUGCGUUAUCGGAACAAUAUUAUAAUAUCUUAGCAGUCGCUGAAGAAAUCGGUUUGAAUGUUCCAUUGACGGUAUCUCCGGUCACCGUUAGUUCUCAAGAGUGUUCUCAUAUUCAAUUACCGAAAAUUGAGCUUCCUCAUUUUGAUGGUGACUUCUUGCAAUGGAUCGCCUUUCGUGAUACGUUCAAAUCAUUAGUACAUGAUAACUCGCAAAUAAAAGAUAUCGAAAAAUAUCAUCAUUUGUUGUCCGCUGUCAGUGGAAGUGCUGGUGCUGUCGUGCGUUCCCUGCCGUUAUCAGCGUCCAAUUAUGUCGUCGCAUGGAAAGCCCUUCUUGACAGCACAAAAUGUUUAUUUGAAUCCCAACGUGAUAAUCGGACAAUACCAGUCAUCGAUGAAUUGUUGACGUUCGUACAGACUCGAUGUCAGGUUCUCCAAAAUAGUGCAGUUACAUCCAAUUGGGGAUCACCAGUCAAGAACAAACCUACUUCCUACACAAAAAAAGGUUCGUCGUUCGUGAAGACUUCCUUAUUAGCCAAUGCUUCAGAGUCCCACAAACCGUGUUUAGUGCCGGCACGUCUCAAAACGGUACAGACACAUCGUUUGUGCAGAAACUGCAUAAGUGCAGUACACGACACCUCAAAAUGUUCAUCGAAGUAUUCAUGCCGUCAUUGCUCCGCGAAACACCAUUCAUUGCUUCAUUUGGACACAUAUAAAACAAAAGGAUCCUCGAAUCUACCCAGCUCCUCCAGUUCGACUUCAGGGGACACAUCGAAAGGUCAGGAUGUUGCCACUGUCAACAUAGGAACAGUCAGCCGCACAAAUUUGAGUGUCUUGGGGACGGCUAGCAUUCGGAUUCAGGAUAAGUGCGGACAUUGGAUUCCCUGCAGAGCUCUGAUAGACUCAGGUUCACAAGUCUCUGCGAUUACUCAUAAUUGUGCAACCCAAUUAGGCUUGACACGACGUCACAGCGCUAUUGACAUUGUGGGAUUGUCACAAACACCGAUUUCUCGGGUAAAAGGAGUAAUAACAUGUUUGUUCACAGCGAGUUCUACCACUUCUCCAGAAUACUCAUGCGAACCCAUUGUAUUAAGCAAAAUCACUGGCACAUUACCAUCCAUAAGGCUUAAUCCGAGCAUUCGCUCGCACUACUCCGCCCUGCAGUUCGCUGACCCAUUUUUUGAUCGUCCAGGGCGCAUUGAUUUCUUGUUGGGUGCUGAUGUCUACAACCAACUCUUCACGGACGAAAGUCGGGUGCAUCAUAGUCCAGGUUUUCCGUCAGCGUUCGAGACACGAUUAGGAUGGAUAUUCAUAGGUCCUAUUGCCUAUAAUGGUACUGAAAUCUCACCAAACAGUCUGACGAUACGUACAGAGCCGUCACUGGAUAAAUUGCUCCAUCGGUUCUGGACAGUUGAAGAGCCAGUAGUAAAACCAAUUCCAUUCACUGAAGAGCAGAAGUGCGAGGAUUGGUUUGUUCGGACAACCCGACGGGAUGAGUCAGGCAGAUACAUAGUAACGUUCCCUUUCAAGUCAGACCCAUGUAUUUUGGGUGGGUCACGUACAAUGGCCUUAUCUCGAUUUCUGAAUUUAGAGCGCAAAUUACAGGUUAAUGACGAAUUGUACGCAGAAUACCGGGCGUUCAUGGAUGCGUACAUAAAGCUUGGUCAUAUGCACCUUGCCACAUUGCCUGGAAAGUACAUCAUCCCCCAUCACGCGGUAGUCAAAUCCGUGAAUGAUUCCAUCAAACUUCGAGUCGUAUUUGAUGCAUCAGCUCGGACGUCAUCAGGUUCAUCGUUGAAUGACAUCGUGUUCACGGGCCAAAAAUUACAACAAGAUAUUUCCACAUUGUUAAUGUCAUGCCGGCUACAACGGUACAUGUUCACAGCAGAUAUUUGCAAGAUGUACCGGCAGAUCAAGCUAUCUCACUCAGACCAACAAUAUCAACACAUCUUAUGGCGCGAUUGUCCCUCGGAUCCGUUACAAGAGUACGCUUUAUCCACUGUCACAUAUGGGGUUGCGUGUUCGCCAUUUCAAGCGAUACGGGUGUUGCACCAACUAGAAGCGGACGAAGGAGCUAAGUUUCCAGCCACGAAGAACGUGUUAACGGCCCAAACAUAUGUAGACGAUAUCAUUACCGGGGCCCAAUCCGUUGAGUCGGUGCUAACACUCCAGAAUCAACUUUGUAACCUCCUGGCAAGUGGUGGCUUUAUCUUGAAGAAGUGGGCGAGCAAUAGUCCAGAAGUUCUUCAAACCAUUCCCGUCGAAGAUAGAGUCCUUGAAUUGUCUUUUGAUCCCAAAGAUGACGCUUGUGUAAAGAUUCUCGGGCUCCAUUGGGACCCCGUCACAGAUACGUUCACCUAUCAUAGUGAUCAUGUCCAGUCCGCACUCACCAAAAGAGCAGUUCUAUCGUCCAUCGCUAAGAUAUAUGAUCCGCUUGGUGCCCUAGCGCCGAUAACGUUCUGGGCAAAAUGUUUUAUGCAGAGGUUAUGGAAGGAAGGAUAUGAAUGGGACAGUCCCAUAUCGUCAGAACUAGCAUCAGCAUGGGCCCUGUUUGCCUCUGAAUUACCCCUUGUCUCAGGUAUCCGGAUUGCACGUCAUAUCCCUGUUCAAUCAAGUAGCCACGCGCAAUUGAUUGGGUUCUCCGAUGGUUCACUGAAAGGCUACGCCGCGCUCGUAUACCUCCGACUUUUGUAUGUCAACGCGUCACCCACCAUACAUCUCAUUACCGCCAAAUCUAAAGUAGCGCCGUUAAAGUCAGGUCAGGCCGAUGAACUUCUAUCUGUCCCACGGCUGGAGUUGUGUGGCGCGUUGCUGUUGGCACAAGUUCUACAGCGUGUACAAGGGACCAUGGCAUCUGUGGUGAGAUUGUCGUCAAUUCACGCGUGGACUGAUUCAACAGUCGUUCUAUCCUGGUUGACGAACGUGCAAGUACAAUACAAAAUAUUCGUCACCAAUAGACUCAACAAGAUCAAGGAACUAAUUCCAACAUGCAAAUGGCACCACGUGGUUACUUCCCAAAAUCCUGCAGAUUGCGUAUCCCGCGGAAUGUUCCCGAAAGAUGCGCUGGACCAUCGUUUGUAUUGGGAUGGUCCCUCAUGGUUGUACGAGCCCAAUGAUGAAUGGUCAUCCGCCGCGUUCCAACCUUUAGCUCUUCAUGAGGUACCAGAACAGGCAAGCCACACACUAAGUGCAGUGACACUCGCCACCCAUGUAGAUGACCCCGAGUGGUUCAAAAGAUUUUCCUCAUUGACAAGACUUCAGCGUGUCAUUUCAUACAUGCACCGGUUCACUGAUCGCGCACGAAAACGACAGUCAGUACUUGGAUAUAUUCGACAUACCGAACUCGAACGUUCAUUGUUUCUGGUUAUACGGCUGACACAGGAUCAACAUUUCUCGGCGCUCCGAAAAUCACUCACGUCAGUACCUCCCGAAGCUUCUCCGAUAUCACUCGCUAGACUGUCUCCCUAUAUUGACUCAGAAGGAAUAAUUCGCGUGGGUGGACGUCUGCGGCACUCCGUACUACACGAUGAAGCCAAAAAUCCUAUUUUAUUACCGAAAGUGUGUUCCUUGUCUACACUUUUAAUCCGACACUAUCAUCUGCAAUAUCUGCAUGCCGGCCCACAGCUUAUAUCGUCCUUACUCGUGCAACGAUAUUGGAUCAUGUCAGCCAGGGCCGCUAUCCGUCGCAUAACAUUCAAAUGUAUUAGCUGCACUCGUCAAAAGGCAACCGCGCCCAUACCAAUGAUGGCAGACUUGCCCCCCGCCAGAGUACGUCCAUCCCGGCCAUUCGCUCACGUGGGGGUGGACUAUGCGGGGCCGUUUCUGAUCAAGGAAGGGAGGCGGAAACAAGCACGCUCCGUCAAAGGGUAUCUAGCCCUGUUCGUUUGUAUGGUGAUUAAAGCGGUUCACAUUGAGGUUGUGUCGGACUUGACCACCGACGCGUUCAUUGCUGCAUUACAUCGAUUCGUGUCGCGACGGGGACUCCCGUCAGAUAUAUAUUCAGAUUGUGGUACCAAUUUCAAGGGAGCAAAUCGUGAUCUCCAGCGUUUGUUUUCGGAACCCGCGGCGCAGGAAUUGUACUCCGGUGCCAUCGCCUGUCACUGGCACUUUAACCCACCUGCAUCACCGCACUUCGGAGGGCUGUGGGAAGCCGCUGUGAAGUCUUGCAAAUACCAUUUGAAGCGCGUGAUUGGAACCCAAAUGUUGACGUUUGAGGAGAUGGCCACACUAGUCAGCCGGAUAGAAGCCAUCUUAAACUCGAGACCAAUCACGCCACAAUCGUCCAGCCCACACGAUCUGAACCCGUUGACACCAGGUCAUUUUUUGGUGGGUGGGCCUCUCGUCACAAUUGCUGAACCGGAUUUGACCACUACUCCGAUGAACCGUUUGCGCCGGUGGCAACUUUUAACUUUGUUCCACCAAUCGUUCUGGACCAGGUGGGCAGCAGAAUACCUUACGAGUCUACAGAACCGAGCCAAAUGGAUACGACCACAGCUCAACAUUGAGGUCGGGGACCUAGUCAUCGUCCGAUGUCCAAAUUCGCCACCAACUGCCUGGAAACUCGGCCGCGUGGAAAGCACUCAUCCAGGUGAUGAUGGCGUGGUGCGAGUCGUCACAGUGCGCACCACCGAUGGUACGUUCAAAAGACCAUGUGUCAAACUUGUCGUGCUACCUACGCCUGAUGAUCCGUAA